GGGGUGGGGGAUUCCUCGCUAUAAAUAGGAGGCCGCCGCUUGGCUGAGCAAUUUUUCUGCGGUUUCUUCUUCUUCUUCCUCCUCCUCGCGCUCCCCCGAUUCGAAGCGUGAAGAGAGGAACGGCGCUUGCGAGAGGAGAGAGAUGGCCCGUACCAAGCAGACCGCUCGUAAGUCCACAGGAGGAAAGGCUCCCAGGAAGCAGCUUGCCACCAAGGCUGCUCGUAAGUCUGCUCCCACCACUGGAGGAGUUAAGAAGCCCCACCGUUACCGCCCUGGAACUGUUGCCCUCCGUGAGAUUCGCAAGUACCAGAAGAGUACUGAGCUUUUGAUCAGGAAGCUGCCCUUCCAGAGGCUUGUUAGGGAAAUUGCACAGGACUUCAAGACCGAUCUGCGUUUCCAGAGCCAUGCUGUCCUUGCCCUCCAGGAGGCUGCGGAGGCAUACCUUGUUGGUCUCUUCGAGGACACCAACCUGUGCGCCAUUCAUGCCAAGCGUGUGACCAUCAUGCCUAAGGACAUUCAGCUGGCUAGGAGGAUUCGUGGUGAGAGGGCUUAAAUUCCCCUCGGCGAUUCCUUUGACAAAUGAAGCAUGCGUCGUAGUGUUAGUAGUGGGUUUUAAUCUUUUGCUUAUAAGAACAAUCUGAGUAGGGUGUAUUUUGUGGAACAAUAUGUUUCUCAUGAUGGUGCUGUAUUCGUCUUAUUGGUGGAUCUGUCAAAAAUACUCAGCAUAUUGUCAGUGUGUCUGGUGACUCUUAUUUUGUUAGUCUGAUUCGUUUGCGUCUUAUUCUAGCGGUGCUGCCUCUUUGGCACUGUGCAUGGCUAGAUACAAUUACAUUGUAAUUCACCUGUCUCUAAUCCGUGUUAAUGUAAGUGUUCCGUUGCUGUCCGUGUGAA